GAAACUGAUCGGAGUCUCUCUGUCGUCUGUCUGUGUGAGAGUGAACAACAACAGUCUAAAUGGCUCAGCAGGGAGUUCUACUGGACCAGGACAAGUUAUGUUGUUCUGUCUGUCUGGAUCUACUGAAGGAGCCAGUGGCUAUUCCCUGUGGACACAGUUACUGUAGAAGUUGUAUUGAGGGCUACUGGGAUCAGGACGAUCAGGGCAUCUACAGCUGUCCUCAGUGCAAUCAGACCUUCACUCCAAGGCCUACUCUGAGGAAAAAUAACAUGUUGGAUGAGGUGGUGGAGACACUGAAGAAGACAGGACUCCAGGCUGCUCCCCCUCCUCUGUGCUAUGUUGGACCUGGAGAUGUGGCGUGUGAUUUCUGCACUGGGACCAGAAAGCAGAAAUCCCUCAUGUCCUGUCUGGUGUGUCUGGUGUCUUACUGUGAGACUCACCUCCAGCCUCACUAUGAUGUUCCUGGACUAAAGAAACACAAGCUGGUGAAAGCCACCUCACAACUACAGGAGAAGAUCUGCUCUCAUCAUGAACAACCGCUGGAGGUUUACUGUCGUACCGAUCAACAGUGCAUCUGUUAUCAUUGUGUGAUGUAUGAACAUAAAGGCCAUGAUACAGUGUCAGCUGCAGCACAGAGGACUGAGAUACAGCGUUCUGCAAAUGCAGCAGUGGAUGACAGUGAGAGGAUCUUUGCUGAACUGAUCCACUCCAUGGAGGAAAGGCGCUCUGAGGUGAAGGAGCUGAUCAGAGCUCAGGAGAAGGCUGAAGUGAGUCGUGCUCAAGGUCUUCUGGAGCCACUGAAACAGGAGCUAGUUGAGCUGAGGAGGAGAGAUGCUGAGCUGGAGAAACUCUCACACACAGAGGAUCACAUCCAUUUCCUUCAGAGUUAUCAAUCUCUCUCCAGUCCCAGUGUAUCUUCAGACUUGCCCAGCAUCAUUGUCUGUCCUCUUCAGUACUUUGGAGAUGUGAAUAAGUAUGUGUCUGAGCUGAGAGUGAAAGUAGAAGAACUCCUUAAAGGAGAAUGGACCAAGAUCUCCACUACAGGGAUAGCAUGUCAUAACAACCACAGCCCCCAGACGAAAGCUGCUUUGCAGCAAGACGACCCCAUGGAGGACAAGGACAGGGGUCAGGAGGUCAAACGCCGCGAGAUCCCUGUUGGAAACUUGGUCGACGUUGAUAACACUCCGGUCGCCAAAUCACUGCAUGGAGACAGUGAGAGAGAAAGGGAUGGAGAAAGGAAGAAAGAGGAAGAAAGACAGAAACAUAAGGAAAUGGAAAGUGAGAAAAAGAGGGAUGGCGGGAGGGAAGUUGAAAUGGAUGGAGCAAGGGUAGGAGAGAGGGGUGGAACAACUGAAAGAGAGAUGGAGGGGGUGAGGGAAGAAGCGAUGGAUAUAGGGUGGGAAAACAAGAGGGAUGGAACAAGAGAAGGAGUGAGGGGUGAGGAGGAGAAGAGGUCGUGCUGCUGUCUCUCUCAGCUGAAGAAAGUCCCUGAGUGUCACAAGGAGCUGGAGCCGCUGUCCUUCAGCAGAACUCACAACGUCCUCAUAGAUGUGAAUGAGUUCCCCCAUGAAAGGACAUUAAAACCUCAUUCUGGACGUCAUGUGUGGCACAGUGACUUUGUUAAGAUGCCCUGCUCACCAGAAAGCCUCAUGAAGACUGGAUGGGUAACCAGCUCUGAGGGAAGUCGGUGGAAGGUGGUCUCUAAACAGCUGGAGAGUCUGGCCAAUAAGACCACUGCAUCAGUGGGUGACGUAGAGAAAGCCAUAAAGAAAUACAACCCAAAGUAUGAAAAUCAAUGGUCCUUUGAUGCCCUGCAUACCUUUGUUCAGAAAUCACCCAAAGAAGAGAAAUACUACACGUCUGUUUUUCCGAAGAUAGCAGAGCUGGCCUCCAGCCUGCCUCACGAUAUCAAGAAGGUAACAACAUAGGAACUGAAUGAUGUACUAUGGU